CUUUUUGCGAGAAACACUUCCUGGUCUCCUAUGUUUAUACUGGGUUUUGUGUGGAGCUCGUCAGACUAGCACAACAAUAUCAAACAACAACGAGGUGAAAUGUCUUCGGAUUCGCCUCGCAGAUCAAGUCGCUGUGCUGGAGGGGCUUUGGUGCGAGCACAAGCUGCUACGGAGCAGUCUUACAUGGAAAGCGUGGUGACCUUCUUGCAAGAUGUCGUUCCUCAGGCGUACUCUGGGGGUCUGCAAACUGAUGAAAAGGAGAAAAUAAUUUGGGUUCGAUUUGAGAAGGCCGACAUUAAUGACUCUGCACGGAACCCAGAGUUUAUGGAGAUGCACGGUGGCGCUACCGAUCCCCCCCUCUGUCUCAUGAUUGGUUACACUGAUGGGAUUCAGAUUUGGAGCGUAUCUGCGGCAGGAGAAGCCCAGGAACUGUUCUCUGUGCGUCACGGCCCGGUGAGAACGGCUCGCAUUUUGCCAGCCCCGCAUAUCACUCCUCUGAACGGAGACAGUUUCUCUGACAAGAGACCCUUGCUUGGCGUUUGCAAGAGCACAGGAUCCUCAGGGACAAGCCCACCUUACUGUUGUGCCGACCUGUAUUCUCUCAGGACCGGUGAAAUGGUCAAAUCCAUCCAGUUCAAGACCCAGAUAUACGAUCUGCACUGUAACAAGCACAUCCUUGCCGUCAGCCUACAAGAGAAAAUCGCCGCAUUUGACAGCUGCAACUUCACCAAGAAGUUUUUUGUCACAAGUUGUUAUCCCUCUCCUGGUCCAAAUCUCAAUCCGGUAGCACUGGGAAGCCGUUGGCUCGCUUAUGCUGAAAACAAGCUAAUCAGAUGUCAUCAGUCUCGAGGAGGAGCAUGUGAUGAUAAUUCACAAUCUUACACGGCUACCGUCAUCAAUGCUGCCAAGACUCUCAAGACAGGUCUAACAAUGGUUGGAAAGGUUGUGACUCAGUUGGCUGGUACAAUGCCUGCAAGUACAUCAGAUGAAGAAGGGUCACCUCACAGUGUGAGUCGUCGUAGCUUCCAUACCUCUGGUGUGGUCACCAUCAUUGACACCCACAGUGUUGGCGAAGGGCAGGUCCUUGUGAGCGAGGAUUCUGACGGAGGAGGAAUUGUGGCUCAUUUUCCAGCUCAUGACAAACCCAUAUCCUGCAUGCAGUUCAGUCCCAGCGGGAUGCUGCUUGUGACCGCCGACAUCCUGGGUCAUGAUUUCCACGUCUUCCAGAUCCUCACCCACCCGUGGACGUCCUGCCAGAGUGCUGUUCACCACCUGUACACGUUACACCGUGGGGAGACUGAAGCAAAGGUCCAGGAUAUGUGCUUCAGCCAAGACAGUCGCUGGGUGGCCAUCAGCACUCUCCGCGGCACGACUCAUGUCUUUCCUAUCAACCCCUACGGUGGGGCACCCUGCUCCCGCACGCAUAUGUCCCCAAGGGUUGUCAACCGGAUGUCACGCUUCCAGAAAAGUGCUGGCCUAGAAGAGAUUGAGCAGGAGCUGAACAGAGUGGCUGCGUUUGGAAGUGUGGGUGGAGCCAGCAUCGGAGGAAGUGGAGGCGUCCUGGCUGGAAGCAUCGGGGGUCGUUGUAGCCCCAUACCCGGUCUUUCAAGUAGUCCGUCGGGGUCACCACUGCACGUCAAGCUAAGCAGCCAGGAUUCGUACAACAACUUCAGCAACAACAACAUGGCAAACCCACGCUUGUCUCCUCUGCCGAGCCUCACCGUUGUCCUGCCUCUGGCUCAGAUCAAACAACCCAUGACCCUCGGAAAUAUCACUAAACGCUCGGGCAAAAGUAAACCACCCCCGCAGAUCUCCCCUAGCAAAUCCGGUGGAGGAGAGUUCUGCGUGGCUGCCAUCUUUGCCUCAUCACGAUCGUGGUUCAUUACCAACCCCAACAUGAAAAGAGAGAAAGAUCAGUCAAGGCAGACUGUGGUGGACUCACUGUACAUUAUUAGUUGCUAUGGCAACUUGGUGGAGCAUGUUCUCGAACCUCGGCCCAUAAUCACCGCACAGAAAAUAAGCGAUGACACCGCUUUGGAACUUUGUACGUCUCCACGGGCCUGCUGGACUCUAGCAAGAACUCCACAAUGGAAUGAGCUGCAGCCGCCCUUCAACUCCAACCACCCCUUAGUUCUGGCCUCUGAGUUGGUGCAGUCCUGCCAGUACCUUUUGGCCGGGAUGUCCCCAAGCCAGAUGAAAGAUGAAGAGUCAUCGGAUGUCCCGGCGUGGGAGCAGAGUGGACAGUACGACGAGGAGUGGCUCUCUCAGGUGGAGAUUGUCACUCAUACAGGUCCACAUCGUCGCCUUUGGAUGGGACCCCAGUUUCAGUUUAAGACCAUUCAUCCCUCAGGCCAGACCACCGUCAUUUCGUCCUCCUCUUCAGUGCUUCAGUCCCAGGGUCCGUCCGAUGCACAGCAGCCUCUCCUGGACUUUGACACAGAUGACCUGGACCUACAUAGCCUGAGGAUCCAGCCUCUGCGUUCAGAUCCAGUCAGCAUGCCUGGGUCGUCCGGGCUGGUGUCUGAUCGUCAAGGACAGGUGAACAUCAUGGAUGCUGGUCCAGGUUAUUCCUGAAAGCCAAGCUCUUCACACUACCAUUUUAUUCAUUUAAUCUUUCAUUUUUCUACCUAUUUAUCUUUUACGUCGUCCCUUCAUGAACCCUUCCCUCUCUCCCUCACUCUCACUACCCAAUCAUCUUUUGCCAUUGGUGUGAGAGACACGAGGACAGGCGGGGCAAGAGCAAGAGAGGAAGAUAAGCAGCUUUCUACACGUCUACGUAUUUGUCUGUCUUGCUCCGUCACGUUCAACUCUGCCACAGAAGGAUUCGUACCCAGCCGGCAUCUGCCAUCAAUUGGAUGUGUUUGCUUCAUCAAAUAAUUAGCAGACAAUGAAAUCAUAGUAAUGAAUGAUACAAAGUGCAUACUGCUCAGCUUUCCGUUAUGGUGGUGCUGCCGCACAAAUACACACUCAGCUGCCUUUGGGCACACAAUAAAGCACAUACAUAUGCGUAUGCACAUGUCAAGAAUACAUAUGCAUAUACAUAUAUACAUACAGUAUACACUCUCCCGCUUUCAUUAUUGCUCUCUCACUGUAUCACAGGUUUCCAAGUGAAUUAAUGAAUUAAUGAUGGCUGUUUUGUGGUACACACGUAUUGAAAUCCUAGUGAUGUGUAGUAUUCUGGUCACUAGGUGGCAGUAAUGAGACAAAGCUAUCAGCUUACAUAACAUUAGCUUAACACUGCGCAAAGUCAUUAAGUCAGUCAUGGAAUGUCCCAGUGAUCGAGUGAAAAAAAAAAGUUCUACUCGCGUUUCGUGUGGAAGUGGUACAUGUCUGUCUUUUUAAGUUUAGAAUAAAUAAACUUGAGGCUAUCUAGUGAGCUCUAACUAUGCUGGAAAAUAUUCAGUUAAUUAACAUGCAACCUUAUAUUGUGAAAAUUAAUUUGUUGCACUUGGGUCUGGAACCAAUAAACCACUUUAAAUGGACGACUGUACAUACACAGCACCUCCUGGCUGGAAUCUGUUUACAGUGCCCCAACUCUUUACAACUCUUUGCCCAACUCUGUUUGGGCACUCGACUAGUUUGUUUGUUUGUGCACUGGUUUUACGAAAACCGAGACAUAUUUUCACAAUAAUUUUUGCCGACCAGGGUGUCCGAAAAAUCAGUUAAAAUAGGUAUUUGAUCCCCUGCUGAGUUUAAAAGCUUCCAACGACCGGGAUAGUCAGUAUGUACUGUACAUUAGUGACGUACGAUAAUCAUCGAAACGAUAUGAGGGAAUUAUGACAUACUACUGUUUUACUAAAAUUGAUAUAAUGAAAACACAUCAGUUUUGAGAAUCGGUAUGAAAACAAAUACAUCUUGCAUCUCUACUCUAGGUGGUAUUUUUUAUUGUAACAGACAAUGUUUAUUUUUAAACAAACACCAAGUAAGGGUUAAUAAUAAACUUGUAUUUCAUCGAUGGUGGUAAGUAUUUGAUCCUCCUAGCCACCAGAUAGCAUUGUGACAGAGCGGUUAUGUGUCCAUCAAACACACAAAUUAGUCCCGUCCUUUUAAGAAAGUACCGUCACCCCAUUAUGUGGACACACAAAGACUCUCAAACAUAUCCACUAACAUGGGCAAGACCAAAGAGCUGACCUGAUGAUUGUAGACCUGCCCAAGACUUGAAUGAAGUAGAAGAGCAUGAAAAGAAGAUGCUUGGUGAGAAAGAGAAUAUUCUUAGUGCAGUCUUUAAUCAAUGGAAGAAAGCCAAGAUAACUGUCACCCUCGGUCUGGAGCUCAAUGCAAUAUUUCGUCCGGUGGGGGUAAGGAUGAUUGAGAGAAAACCCACAAUGACAAUUGAUGAUGUCAAGGGAGUUGGGAGCAUCAUCAGCAAGAAAAUAAUUAGUUGGAAAAUUUAGUGUCAUGGUUUGAGAUCCUACAGUGCCCACGUGGUCCUCCUGCUGAAGAAGACACAUGUGCAAUUUAAUGAAUAACUUAAUUUGACUUUGCGUUUUUGUGUCCUUGUUAAAACACAUUACUCCUCCCGUCGUAUUUCCUUCUUCUCGUCCUACUCCUUGAACAUAAGAUUGAUUUAGCUGACUAGCUGCUCCAUCUUCUGUUGUUUUUUUGUGGUUUGCAAGCAGCUCACGCAGUUAGCUAGUUUGCUAGCGAGCAUUGACCACAACAGGAAACGCGACAAAGGAGAAUCAGAACACAGAACCGGGUUCUCCCUUAUCCAAAAGGACUUUUGUGACUGUAUAUUUAGCGGGCUAUCGUCUACUAUGCGUUCCUAAUAUGCUCGUACGGCCACGUAAACACAAACCGAGGUGGGGCGUCUUCAAUUCUCAAAUGAGUAUAACACCCUCUAGUGGUAGCAGUAAUAAGUACAAUACAGAGCACCCAUAGUUGGCACUACUAGGUGGCACUAAUCCACCACAAUGUACUAGAACACAAGAAACAUUCAUACGCUAAAAACCAUACAAAAUCGCAUUUAAAAAAAUAUGCAAAACAUCCAAUUCUCAAAAGGUGAACCUCGAAGUAGCGAGGGAACAUUGUACUUCAUGCGUAGUACAUUUUUAUGAAAGUAUUUUAUUCUAUUCCAUUAUUCUUCUUAUCCGGUACUAAAAGUAUUCUAUUUUUAAACAAACUUGCUAAUUAAUAACGUCAACCGAUUCAUACAAUUCCAAUGUCAAAAUGUUAGCUAUUGACACAUUCCAAGAAAUGUCCCAGCCAUUCCCACAUUUUACGUGUUUUCCGCAUCUCUUCAUCGAUUCAAAACAUUCCAACACCAAAACAUUCAGCUCAUCCAGGACAUUUGGAAUAACAUUUUCCACAUCCCACAAAUGACUACUUUUGCCAAAAUUCCACAUUUCCAUGACACUAAUUCCCUCAAUAUUAAGAUAAAAGUGCAGUUUGAUCUGUAGAAGGGUUUUACUGUUUUACUGUUUUACUGCCAUGGGUUUAGUUGUAAUGCAACAUUCCCAUUGUGUUGACGGUGUUCGUAUGUAAAGUGUGUGAAGUGUGCAGAAGCAUAAAACGCCCUCUAUGUUCCAGCUCACAUGAAGAGAAAGCAAAAAUGUGUUUCGUGAGGACAAAGCAUCCUGUGGGCCUUUGGCAGCGUCAGUGUAUAAUUGUUACGCUUGUGAGCCAAGAAUGGUGUUUCUGUGCAUGCAUGUUGUAUUAUUUAUAAAUAAUGUAUGAAGGAGUGUGGUAGAGGGCUUCUUUGUUGAAACAUCAUGACUAAAUGGCAGUGGAAAAGAGACACAAAUAUCCAGUCAAGCUACAAAAAAACCCUGAUAAGUUAUUCUAUCAUAUAAUGUUGCAGUUCCUUCAUCCACAGCUCACAGAAUUCUAAAGAAAUAAGGUUAGAUGUUGGAGGAAGCCACCAAAGGCCAGAUGUUUCUGUAGUUGCUCAGCAGGAUAACAUACAUCUCAGGAGGUGUUUUUGUCCGACUCUCCAAAUCCUAAAGGUGUGUAGGUCAUUUCUUGUCAACUCAAGGUUUCAGCUCCAUCCACACAUUUUUAAUGGGAUUCUGGUCCAGAGACUGGCAGGCCUUUCUUUUUGAGCCACUCCAUCAUCCAUUCCCUGGUAGUAUGUUAUGUUCAUCCAAGUUUAUAAGCCCAAGCUGUAAACCUGGGGUGUCCAAAAGUGUGGUCCGGGGGCCAUUUGUUGCCUGUGGUUGUUUGUUUAGUGGCCCACGGCACAUUCUGAAAAUAUAAUUUAACAAGAAAAGAAAAAAAACAGCAAAAAUCCAAAAAUGUGCAGUAAUUUUGCAAGAAUAAAGUCAAAAUAUGAAGAGAAAAAAAGUGGGAAUAAUAUUUAUAACACUUCAUAGCAAUUUAUUGCAAAAAAAUAAUGUCAUUUUAGUAUGCUAAUGUUGAAAUAUCAAGCAAAAAAAAUGUCAUCUGAAAAUCAUACACAAUAUUAUGGGAAUAAAGUUAUAUGACAAAAAGAAUAUUUACACAUAUUAUUUAAGUAGAAAAGUGAAAUUUUUGGACAUAUUUUUGAAAAAGCAGGGUAAAAAUGUGGCAAACAGCAAGAGUUAGCUUGGUAGUCAUAAUCAUGUUUCUUCACUUCCGUAUCACAAGGCUGAGACGCAGUUUCCUUUCUUUUUUCACCAUGAGGCCCUUGGUGGAAGAAGUUUGGACACCCUUGAUAUAAACUAUUAUACGAGUUGACAUUUUUCAUGUGUACAUUUUUUAUGUUUUAUUUUAAAAAUCAUUAAAACUGUUUACAAAAACGCUGAGCAGAGUUUGUAUUUUAUUUCCUGACUGAACCCAAAAUGAACCCAACCGUGAUGAUCGUGUGCCGUUACACAAUCACCCCUCCCUAUGCCGUGGUGCUAACGUCACUGCUGUUUUGUCGUUCUCCUCCCAUUCUGUGUGGAAGUGGUACAUCUUAUUUCUUCUUUCCUCCUCACUUAAAACUCUGUCUGAGGUUUAUAAUAAAGUAGAUGAUGGCAGUGUUAAAGAAAUUGCGUGUGAAUGAAGACAUGAAGAAAAACAAUGAAAUGAGUUGGAAGGGCACAACUGUCAAAAUGCAGAAUUCAUAUGUGUCGAUUGUGUGCAGAACAGCGGAAGCCGUGCUGAAAUGUAAAAUAAAGUAUGAUAUUGUUUAGUGUGAUAGUUUCUACUUAAGAAAGCAGCUAAAAUGCUACUUUGCUAGUGUUAGCAUGCUAACAAUGUUACAUCUCGAAUGGUAGAGCUAAGUGUCUGUGUGUGCUAAUACAAUACAAAUGUUAGCAUGCUAAUGGUAACAUGCUAACACUAAAUGGCUAAAGUGCUACUAUGGUAAUGUUAGCAUGCUAACAAUGUUAGCAUGCUAGCAACGUUAGCAACAUCUCAAAUGGUAGAGAUAAGUGUCUGUGUGUGCUAAUACAAUGCAAAUGUUAGCAUGCUAAUGGUAACAUGUUAACACUAACAUGACAGCACUAAGUGUUUAUGUCGGUUUGUACUCAUGAAAAUGGCUAAAAUGCUACUAUGAUAAUGUUAGCAUGCUAACAAUGUUAGCAACAUCUCAAAUGGUAGAGAUAAGUGUCUGUGUGUGCUAAUACAAUGCAAAUGUUAGCAUGUUAAUGGUAACAUGCUAACACUAACAUGACAGCACUAAGUGUUUAUGUAGGUUUGUACUCAUGAAAAUGACUAAAAUGCUACUAUGGUAAUGUCAGCAUGCUAACAAUGUUAACAUGCAACAUGCACCAUCUCCAUAGUAGAGGUACAGUAUGUGUCUGUGUACUGCAUGUUAAUAUUUACGAAAUUGUAAAAACUAAAAUUAAAGGUAACUAUUCAAUCCCAGCCAUUUUUCAAAAGCCGUCCCUCUCGGUAACAACCAUUUUUGAUGAUUUGGACUGAUUUUUCUUUUUGUGAAAAGAUGCAUUUCAAGCAUAACAACAUUGCCACAACAUAAACAACACAAAAAUGGUUGUUUUACAUGAAAAUUACCAUUUAUUUACAAAUAUAACACCACAUAACUAUUUGCAACUGAUCUGUAUGCACGUUUCUGGAUUUGUGUGACCUUGUGGUCGUGUUUUCAGUUUCAAACUGCAUCAAUCAUGAUAUCUUCUAUUAGAGCGUUUCAUCGUCACCUCUUUGUAUUUAUACGUCUUUGGGAGCGGGCGGUCGGGUAAAGGUGACUAUAGGGGUGUUAUUUCAUGUCUACAGGGCUCUAAUAACGGUUAAAAAUGACCCACCAUCCAUGAGUGACGACUGUAACCUUAAUACGUAGAAAGCAAAUAAAUGUCUUAUUUAGUGCAAAGUAACAAAAUGAAUAGAAUACCUGUCUUUCUCAAAUAGAAGUCUUAACACUUGCUUAACUUUAACCAAUCAAAAUUCAGUUAUGAUAAUGUUGAGGGUGACCAAACAUCCUGUUUUCCCAGGACAUGUUUUUGAUGAAAAUCUCCUGUUGUUUUUUUUUUUUUUUUUUUUACUUUACUUAGUUUUUGAUUAUUAUGCUAAUUUUAUUAAGAUUGCACACUAAAAAUUAAGAAUAUUUUGUUUUGAAUAAUGUGAUCUGGUGUAUAUUUGUAUGAUAAAACAAUAAGAAAGAAAUUUAACUUUAUCUCCUUCGGAAAAAAAUAUGUUGUGGUCACGAGGCCUGGACAAUAAUAAAUGAUGCAAAUGAA